ACACAAUCAGGAGCAGUUAUGUAACAGUUAACGAACGUUUAGUGAAACGGUAUAACAGUGAACAAUGACCGAUUACCCCCACGAUGAUCAUCUUACCUCGCUCUUCGACCUGUCUUUCUCUUUCUUAAGGUUGUGAUGGAGCGCCGCAACCUUAUUCUGACGGCGAUAUUCUCCACUUUGGGCGUUGUGCUGGUACUGGCCGUAGCUUUCUACGUUUUCUUGUGGUGCCACAAGCAUCGCCGCAAAAGAAAUGAUGCUGUCGACAGCGAGGAUGGUGCUAGGAUGGAGGUCACGGUCCACAAGGAGAAAGAAUCGAGGAAUGGAUUUCUGAGUUUCAAGACCCCGCUAAUCUCCACCAAGACUUUGGGGUAAGUCUGUGAUGUUUUUAACUAAAUUUAAUAUGCAUAACGAAUGUUUUAUGUGGAUUUUGUCACUUUGUUAUCAAUUUUUGACGUUUCUAAAAAGCAGGCUACACUCGAAUUCCAUUCAAAAACUAAUUCAUUUCAAUUCAAUAUAAUACAAAACUUAAGAUUUAAAUUCCACUACAUACAACGGAAUGGGAUGACGAAAGGGAUCUUGUGGUAAUCCCUUACUCACACUUAUUUGACUCUUUACUACUUAAAAUAUAGGCUACUAUAUUUUUUGUUUUUGUUGGUG